AUGAGUGAACUCCAGUACAGCCCCUUUCCUAACUCUGCUCGUCGUUUACAUCUUGUUCGACGCCGCUUCCCUCCAGCCUUACUACCUAUCAUGUCUCCGCGAAAAUCAAGCAGUCUGUGGUGUUUCCUGGAAGGUCCACAGUUCGCGGGCACCAUUCUAAAACCUUACAAUGUCUUUGACAUUCCCAACAAAACCAAUGUUUUUCAACUAAAGGGGUUGAUACGCGAGGCAAUUAAACAACUCCAUACCGUAGACGCUGAACAACUGCAGCUUUUGCAGCUCGAUUCCGUGGUUCCUAUCGACCCAGACUCUAGUCUCGCACAGCGAUUAGAAGGCCUGGGUGACAUCGCUGCAUGUUCGAGAGAGUUGAGCUCUGGAGAAGAAGUUGGGGUGCUUUUUCCCGCAGAACCGCACUCGCAAGCCCGUCUUCACAUUGUGGUGAAGUGCCCUGACGUGCUGAAUAUCGCAAGUGAACUGACGUUGUCGUACCACAAUCGCCUCCAUCACUCCUAUCUCAACUCUGCUUGCUGCAUCUCCUUCUCACUCUCAGCCUCUCGGAAGCGCUCACGGUCUGAAACAGAUGAGGGUGGUCGGGCAACAAAGCGCAAGCUUGGCAAGGUUGUGCGGGACAUACAGGCUGUCCAUAAAACGAUCAAAAAGAUGCCGGAUAUAAACUUUUCCGAUUAUACGACGCUUACAAACCUUCCUUUCCCUUCGCCACUCACGAUGCCUUUCCAGCGCUUCGGAGAGAACAAAAUCGACGGCAUUCCCCAUUUUGAAUAUAUGGGGAGAUCUCAGUUUUGCGAUUUGCAAAGGAGGAUUGAGCGCGCCGCCUUUCUCAAUGGAUCAGAAACCCUAUACCUGUACGGGUCGUCUGGUUCAGGCAAAUCGCACCUUCUGGCCGCACUCGCCUAUCACCUUGUCCGCGAAGGAAAGUGUGUCUUCUACAUCCCCAAUUGCCAUGACUUGCUCCUGACUCCAUUAUCGACAAUGCGGGAUGCAUACAACUUUGCAUACCACGACCCGCUUGACCCCGGAGCCUUCAAACAAUUUGGUGAUGUUGAGGAAGUGGUUCGAUGCUUAAAUUGCGAUCCAGAUGUGUACAUCAUCAUCGAUCAAGUGAAUGUUCUGGAGCUCGUAACAGCCAAUGAAAAUUCCAAUCGCGAAAUCUUCAAGAAGCAGCAUGGAAUUACAGUCAUUCCAGCAUUUGGAGGGCUGGAUUCGGACGAAACCAAUCAUUGGUUUCUUCAGCACCACGAUCAAAUUCCACAGUUGUCACCUGAACAGCGGCAACAAGCUGAAUACCUCACGGGUUGCAUGCCGCUUCUGCUGAAGUGCCUCACCGAAAUCGCCAACUUUGACGAAUUGGACUUCAGGAAGAUUCCAGGCCUGGUACAUCUCGCAUCCGAUGUUUCCACAUUCGCGGUAAACAAGCUUGCCACUCUGAAUCCAUUGGAUAGGGAAAACUAUCUCAAGAUCAUGUCAGCAUGUGUCCGUGGUGAUCGUGUUACAUACAACGACCAAAGUUUGUUUGAUCUCCGCUACUUCUAUGUUGAUGCCGAAGGAAAUGGUUGCUCUACCUGUGGAAUUGCGCUCGAAGGAAUGGUAUCGAUAUUGCGGGCACAUAGUGACGCUCCAUUUCUGGAUGCAUUGUGGUACGAAGCAGUUGAGCGGUCCAACAAUCCCAUCGUUCGGGGGUUCUUGGCCGAGCAGAUCUGCCUCAGCCACAUUGCCACUUCUGGUCUGCAGGCUGUCCACCCUGGCCUUGAUCGGAUGCCUUCUGCCAGUUUUGACGAUAAACCAGCUUUCGACAAUUUUCUCUCUACCGAACGCGAGCGCUGCCUUUAUAUCCCCACCGCUUACAACUUUAAGACCGUGGACGGUGCCAUCCUGCUGUUGGACCGCCAAUCUAAGAAAGCCACAAUUUUCGCCAUCCAAUUUACCUUAUCCGACAGACACAAACAAUCAGAUGUGGAAUUUCACACAGAGUUGUGGUCAAAGUGGAUCAAGCCCAUAGUCAGAGCUGAGUUCACUGUUGACUCAACUUUUGUCUGGAUAGACACAAAAGAGCCUUCGCAACAUGUCCACCGCAAAACUGUCAGAGCCCUCCGAUCUGGCGAUCAGGUUGUCCACCCCGAGUAUUCCGUCAUUCAUGUGGAUGUAGAGACGGUCGAUCGAAAACUCGCUCGUGCCCUCAAAUUAAUAAUAUAA